AUUUCUCUUGUAUACUCUCUCUUCACUACCUACGGUCCUUCUCAUUGCUGUGCAGCCUUUCAUUCAUCUACCAUUCCUACCACCAUGUCGCAGACCUUCUCCCCGAGCGAUGUAUCAUCGCACAACAAGCCCGACAAUCUCUGGAUCAUUGUUGACCAAGAUGUCUAUGAUCUGACCAAGUUUCAGGAGGAGCAUCCAGGAGGAAAGAAGAUCCUCCAGCGCGUUGCAGGCAAGGAUGCGAGCAAGCAGUUCUGGAAGUACCACAAUGAGAGCAUUCUGAAGAAGUACCAGAAGCAGCUACAGGUUGGCUCGCUAGACAGCAAGCCGAAGCCCGCGCAAGUCACCCCACCCACCCCGUCUGCCACACCCGAACCCUCAGAGAGGAAGGAGAUAGUUGUUCCAUCUCCCGAGCCUGGCACCGUGGCUCCUGCGCCUGGUCCGGGAGCAGAGGAAGAGGCCGAGGCAAUGGACCCGUACGGCGAUCUCGUGCCUUACGCAGAUCCGUCGUGGUAUCAAAGCUACCACACCCCGUACUUCAACCAGUCACACGCAGCUCUCCGCGACGAGGUCCGCCAAUGGAUGGAAGAGGAUAUCAUGCCCAACGUCACCGAGUGGGAUGAGGCAAAGAAGGUACCAGAUAGCGUGUACAAGGCAAUGGGCGAGCGCGGCUAUUUGGCUGGUCUUCUCGGCAUCCACCCGUAUCCGCAGAAGCUCGCUGGUGGCAGGAGCGUCAAGUCCGUGCAACCCAAGGACUGGGAUCUCUUCCACGAGAUGCUGCUGACGGAUGAGCUCUCUCGCUCCGGCUCUGGUGGGUUCGUGUGGAAUCUGAUCGGUGGCUUCGGUAUUGGCUGCCCGCCCGUUGUCAAGCAUGGCAAGAAGGAGCUUGUGCAACGUAUCGUACCGGAUAUCCUAAGCGGUGACAAGCGUAUUUGCCUCGCCAUCACCGAGCCUGAUGCUGGAUCCGACGUCGCGAACCUUACGUGCAAGGCGAAGCUUACCGAGGACGGCAAGCACUACAUCGUCAAUGGCGAGAAGAAGUGGAUCACCAACGGCAUUUGGUGCGAAUACUUCACCACCGCCGUUCGCACUGGUGGCGAAGGUAUGAACGGCGUCUCCGUGCUCCUCAUCGAACGUAGCAUGGGCGGCGUCAGCACCCGUCGCAUGGACUGCCAAGGCGUCUGGUCCUCUGGCACCACUUACAUCACCUUUGAAGACGUAAAAGUCCCCGUGGAGAACCUCAUCGGCAAGGAGAACCAAGGCUUCAAAGUCAUCAUGACCAACUUCAACCACGAGCGCAUUGGCAUCAUCAUCCAAUGUCUGCGCUUCAGUCGGGUCUGCUACGAAGAAAGCAUCAAGUACGCCCACAAGCGGCGCACUUUCGGCCAGAAGCUGAUCAACCACGCCGUCAUCCGCUUAAAGUUGGCGCAUAUGGCGCGUCAGAUUGAGGCUAGCUAUUCAUGGCUGGAGAGCUUGAUCUACCAAUGCCAGAAGAUGUCGGAUAUGGAGGCUAUGCUCAAACUCGGCGGCGCCAUUGCGGGGUUGAAAGCUCAGGCUACGGUGACGUUUGAGUUCUGCGCGCGAGAAGCCAGUCAAAUCUUUGGUGGGUUGAGCUACAGCCGUGGCGGGCAGGGUGCGAAGGUCGAACGGUUAUAUAGGGAUGUCAGGGCCUAUGCGAUCCCGGGUGGCAGUGAGGAGAUCAUGCUCGAUUUGAGCAUUCGGCAGGCUUUGAGGGUGCACAAGGCAUUGGGUAUGAAGUUGUAAUUAAGAUAUGCUUGGCUUGUGCUAGACUCUUGAUAGAAUUUAUCCUAGACCUAUGGCAUG